GUGUGUGAGGGCUGAGGGAAGAGAGAAAACAACGCCUGCUAGCAGAUGCUUUGCCUCAUGCGGAAUAUAAAGUGCGUUAAUCUAAAGGUCGAAGCAAUUCACGCUGGAAGGACAAAAACAACAGCGCAGAACAAAACAUGAACGAAAAAAGGAGUAAUUUAGCGCCGCUGUUGCACGCGGCGGUGAACGGGACGGAUGUCCGGACGGUGGAGGAUUUACUGCAGAGAGGUGCAGAACCCAACCUGCUGCUCAGUGAAGGCGUGGCCGCGGUGCAUCUGGCUGCAGGGAAGGAAUCAGAAAAAGGACUGCGGUGCCUUAAAGUGCUCCUGCAGAACGGCGCUGAUCCAAACCUCAGGUCUGGUGAGGAUCUGACUCCGUUACACAUCGCUGCGUUAUGGGGUUGUUAUCAGAACCUCAAACUCCUGCUGAAGAACGGAGGAGACCCGAGUCUGAAAGACCAGGAUGGGAAUAAGGCAGUUGAUCUGGCAGAACAGGAGGAAAACAGUAAAUGUGCCAGCAUCCUUCAGGAGUACGAGUCUCACACACCCCAAGCUGAAUAUGAGGAUUUGCCCAAAUUCCAAUACUCGCUCUACUCAGGCCACUUGGUGAGAGACUGCAGCGGGAACCUGACACAGAUGAGUGAUUUCGGAGACGAGCUGCUCAGCAGCACCCGAUAUUCCUCAUUUUACCGUAAAGCAGAAAGUAACGGGCUGCCGAGGGCCAGAGACCCUCACGAGUCCUGGCUCUCCGACAUCUCUGGUUUUACUGCACGUGAUAGUGACGUGUUUAACAGAGAAGAAGUGGGCGGUUCUCUUCCUCCGGUUCUCUCCAGUACUCGCCUGUCAGGGAUGGACUUUAAGAAGAGUACAGAAGUGGUCCAGCCAGCUUGUUUUCUCACAGCAAGCCGGAAAAGCGUCACAUUCAGAGAUUACGAUGAGUAUUUUCCAGAUUUGAACCAAAACAAUGAUGACAUCAGCAACUCCACGGACUCGACGGUCGAUUUCUCGCUGUAUCCCGACUUCUUGCACUCGGAGCGCAUGACUACUGUGCUGCAGAAUCAGGGGAUUGACGUGACGUCUCCAGAUGAUGUAUUUGUCUUCUGCAGAGACGGAAACACCACAGACGAUUUUGAUAAGACUGUAGUGGGAGGGACGGCUCUGGGGGAGGACGACGGAGAUGAUGGAGAAGACGUGUUUGUUGAUAAAGUUGAUUCGCUGAAGUGCGCCGCUCACUCCGCUGCCAGCAGCAGCAGUGGGUCGAGUCAGUACAGCAGCUGCGACAGCGAGCCGUACAAGACUACCAUCGAAGCACCUUUAUCUUCUGAAAACAUUGCACCAUCAGAAAAAGAUGGACAGACAAAAGGAAGUCUGGACUCUGACAAGAAGGAAGAACUUAAUUUACAGUUGCAAGCAUGCGAUGAAAAAACGAGUGAGCUUUCCUUCACUCCGAGUCCGUUCGUCACAGGCAGGACCCGUUCACGGCUCAGUCGCUGCUCCCAGAGAAACAGCACAUCGUCUUUUUCCUCCUCGUCUCUUUUUGAACAGACGCUCCCUACACCGACGCGAGUGCGCCGCGAUGUUACUCAAUCAGACAAACGUAAACAGAGACGUCCCUCUGAAGAAGACAAAGGAGCAUAUCUCGAUUCCCAAAUGGCCAAUCUCUGCGUUUCUUCUCAACUUCAUGGAAGCCAAGCAGAUACUCUGAUUAUCUCUGGAAGCAUGGCAGAUACCAUCAUCAUUCCGAGAGGUGCCACUGAGGAUGCUUUAGAAGGUGGAACAUCAUCAUCAUUAUCAUUAUGCCACCAAGAGGAGGAUGUGUUCACUGAAGACGAGGAGUUUUUAACUUCAGACGUUUCCACAUCAAAUGCAGAAAUACACAGAAACACCAAUUCUCAAGAGUCCAGCUCAGAGUCAGGUUCCAGCUUGAGUGAAAUCCUCGAGGUUCCAUCCACCGGCUGCACGCCGAGGUACAGCAUGAGCCGAAUCUGCAACCGUUCCCAAACUCAGUCACUCGCAAACCUGUCCUACACCCCCGGAGGACGUCCUCUCAUCACUGACGUGGACGAACCGGUGGAGUAUCUUUACACUGAUACUGAGGAGGGGCAUGAGCUGAUCGAGACGCACGUCCCUCCAACGUCCAACACGUCUCUAAGCUCCUCUGUCAGCGAGGAGACCGUUAUUUACGACUGGCGCUCGUUACAGGCUGCAGCCAAAAGUCCAGAGAAGGGAAAAGAAAACCGCAGUCCUAACGAAGUGAUGGAGAGCGCGAAUAUCUCUGAGACGGAAGGGUUAACAGACCGAGAGCUCAGGCGCAAACUCGUCGAACUGGGAGAGGAACCCGGACCCAUCAACAGAAACACGCGCCGUCUGUACGUUCAGAAAUUACGAACACUGCAGAAGGAACGUGUUGCUGAGAAAUCAGCGCAGGAUGAACAGAACACAAUCGCCGUUACAGGUUACAGUCCGGAGAUGAAUAAAGUGUUGUGUUCGUUCAACCUGCCUGACUGUAAAGCUGAUGAGUUUGCGCUGUGUGAGCAGUUCGAUCAGCCUGAUCAAAAUAAACGCUGGCGUGAAGGUGUCAUAAAGUCCAGCUUUAACUACCUGUUACUUGACCCCAGAGUGUCGAAGAAUCUUCCAUACCGCAGUCAGUGGAUGACUCCCCACGAGUGUUUCCAGACUUUCAUCAGCUCCAUUUUCUACGUGGGAAAAGGCAAACGCUCUCGACCGUACAGCCACCUGUAUGAAGCUCUGGAGUAUUUCAAAGGAGACAAAUCAUCCAGGAAACUCUGCUCGAAGGUGCAGCACAUCCUGCAGGUGUGGAACUGUGGUCACGGUGUUAUCUCGUUGCACUGCUUCCAGAAUGUGAUUCCUGUGGAGGCGUACACACGCGAGGCCUGCAUGGUGGACGCCAUCGGUUUGAAGAUGUUGACCAAUCAGAAGCGAGGGGAUUAUUAUGGGAUGGUCUCCACCUGGCCUGCUAAGAGGCAGCGUGAGCUCGGGAUUCACCUGCUGUACAGAUCCAUGCAGAUUUUCCUGGCUGAGGGAGAGAGACAGCUCCGGCCAGCUGAUAUCAGGCGAUGAUGUCACGCUGUCUGUACGACACUGAGCGUUAGAGAGUCCUUUGGGUUAAAUCAGUCAGAUCCGAAAUCCUGAGCGCACCACGGUUGAUUUUACUCCAUUAGUCAUCAAACACUGUACCUGUUUCUGUACUCGUGCCCUACCCGUACUCCCUAUUCCCAUUAUGUUGACACUUAAUCUAAGCCGUGCAUCGUGGAAUCUCCUCAGGGGUUACAAAAGUUUAAUUUGUAAAUUAUGUUCCAGUAUGAUUUCAGACAUGCUGACGAAAGACAAAAGUAGUGCACUAUAUAAUCACUAAGUCCAUAAAGUGGAUUCUGAUUGGCUGAAAUAAGUACAAACACUAACACGCCUGGGCUGUGUCUCAAAUACUGCACUUUACACACUUAGUUCAAUAUGAGAUCAUAUAUUUAAAUAAUAACCAUCCUGUCUCGAGCUGUUACAGUAAACUAAUCAGCGACUGGGUGGUGUGAUGAAACAGUUACCAUCCAGAAGCUGAUUUUCCUGUCACACCAUGUCCCAAAGAUAUUUAAAAAAAAAACCCACUUUUUUUUAAACCCAUAUUGUUUUAUUUAAUGUUCUGUGAAAUAAGUUAGUUCCCAGUUCGAUUAUAAACAGUCGCUCCCUCACCAGCCUCUUUUCUCUCUAACAUUAGUAAGACAAAAAAACAAAAAAUGCAGUUUGUUACCAAGAAACCACAAAGAAUUGUAAAAUUGUAAUCCUGAAACAGUCGGAAAACUUGAACUUUACCUCUGACUGUUAAAAAGCGCUGACACUAGAGACUCCUUCCAGAAAUGUGAAAAAAUAAAACUCUCCUCACAGAAAACUUCAUAUUAGUGAUUUGAGCAUGUUAACAUAAACCUGUGAGUUGCAGCUGCGCUACUGUCAGAGCUGCAAGUUAUCGACAAUUUAAUCAGCACCUUCUGACCAAUCAGAGUCCAGAAUCCAGCAGCGACAUGCUGUACCAGUGCUUCAUGACUGAUGGAAUAAAAUUAGUCAUUUUAUAGCGCACUCUGUAGCAUUAUAUUUCAAUUAGCGUAUCGUUAAACCCACAACAAUCCGGUUACAGCUCAAGAAACCCUAAAAAAUACUGAGAGUUCCAAAAAUCAUGAUCACAUUGGAACAGGCCACUGAAGUUAACAAUAGGUUAAAAAAAAAAAAGCAUUAAUAUUGUUUACCAAGACCUAGCAAGGACACUUUAUUUUUGGAGGAAAAUGUCUUACAAUUGUGUUACUGUGCUACUGUUUUAUUACUAAUGAAAUAUUAAUGCUAAUGUAAAUGAUUAAUAAUGAAGUUUUGAGAGAUGAUCUGAUAACUGGAAAAAAGGAACCUGCUGUAUGGUGUAAAAAAAAAAAACAAACAAGUUUUAUGUCAAUAAUCUGAACCAUCAUUGGGAAAAACACAAUGAAAUAAGGACUAUUCAUUAAAGACACACACACAGCUGUAGAACUCUUGGUCCUGUAGUCAUUUCAGUAUAGUCAUAGUGUUAGAAAUUGAUGGAAGGAUAUUUACACCACUGGGGUUUUGACUUUUUUUUUUUUUUGCUCAAUGUGAAGACAAACCUAGAUCAAGUAAAUAAAGUCAAACCAAAUUUAGUAUCAUCAGAUUCUUGAAUGGUGAUUGGGAGAAACUGCUGCUCCUCUUCUCCGUGUUCUCAUGGAAGGCGGUCGCAUUUCUCUGCUCUCUGCUCUCCUUUUUUUCCUGCUUGUGCUCUUUGUUUCGUCUCGUCUGCCUAUACUUUUUUUUUUUGAGAGACUCUCUCCGCAUUGAAUUUCUAAACUAAAAAAGCAUGGAUUUGAUAAACUGGUCUCCUAAUGAAAUUGACAGUUUCUGGGUUCGGGGGAACCCACCUGUCCUGCCGGAACGUUUGUGGAGGACAUUGGAGAUAUCUACCUAUUCAGAACCAUGAUUACCAGACUUUUGCUGAUUGGAUUAGGCAUUGUCCUGGUAUAUCGAGGAAAUCGGACAACGGUGACAGCUGUUCAAAGCCCCAUAAAGCUGCCCGAUAUGAUUGAAGCGGUGGGCAAAGCUGUUGGCACUCAGACUGUGGCUAUAGAACUUGAACCACAACAUGGUUGUCAUCUGGAGAUGCUUUCGGCUUUGCAAGGAAUAAGUAUUUCGGAGACCAAAUGGAAUUGAAUUGAACAGAAAUGGACAGAUAUGGACGAAUUGUGUGGACGUGUAAAGACUGCGUCUGUUCGAAAGACCAAACAAUCUCUAUCUUAUCGACAUUCGGCUCCCUGUACAGCACCGGUCUCGAUCAAGGCCGUUGCUGGGACAACAUUUCCCCCAGAAGGUCACUGCUGGAAGACACUCUCGCAUUCUUCGCAUUCCUUCCCCAAUUUCCGCGGUUGCCAUUUUUCACCCCCAGUGUGACAAGCGAGUGCGUGACCAGCGCCGCUUGCAUGGCUGCAGGAGCGGACAGCUGCUUGCUUGCGCUGGGUUACCUCUACCUCCUCCCCUCAAGUCCCAUGUUUUAAAGUGUACUUGUGUUAUUGUCUGCUUGUGCGGAGGUUUUUAAAUGCUCCCACACUGUACUCCUGAUAGGAGCGUGGUGGUGGUGGUGGGGGUCUUUUUUUCCCUCAUCUUUCCUCAUGUUACUACUGUUUCUUUUUCUUUUAUCUCUGUCUUCCUGUCCUGUUACCCCUCUGUAAGGACAGGUUGAUGGUCAAUUUCACUGGUAACAGUGACAAUAAAGGGUUCAUUCAUUCUUA